AUGGGCAAUAAGUCAGGUUCAGAAUUUGGUGGAAUAAUGAUUAGAACAGAAAAAUCCUUAUAUUUUGCAGGUGAUAUUGUUAAAGGUAAAAUUUAAAUAAAAAUCUAAGGAAACAUAUACCUUCAUAUUAUAAAGCCAGGUUAUCAUGGCAAUAUUGUUCAGUUUUCAAUUGUAGGAAAAGAAAAAACUUAAUGGACAACAGGCUCAGGCAAACAUAGAACAACUCAUUAUGGAAAAAAUGUUUUUCAUAGAGACGCUGUUGUAAUUAAUACAUUUUUAGAUGAAAAUUUGAUGGUUGGAUAAUUUGUAUUUCCUUUUGAAUUGCAUCUGCCACCUAAUUUACCUGGAUCUUUUACUUAUCAUCAUGCAACACUGGCCAGUCUAAAUUAUAAGGUAAAGGCUCGAGUAAUAUCAACUUCUAAAUCUAUAAAUGAUAUCAAAAAUAAAUAAGAAAUUAUCAUUAGAGAGCCAAUAAAAGAGAUUUUAUAAGUUUCUUCAAAAUAAGAAACUGCUAAUCUGACUACAUGGUGUUGCAAAUAAUAAGGAGUAGAAAUAAAUAUAAAUAUAGGUUUCAUCAAUAUCAGCAACAGUUUAGAAGAAUUUAUACUUUCCAGGAGAAUUUGUUUAAAUAACAUAUGAAGUUGACAAUUCAAAUUGUAAACUAAAUAUAGAAAAUGUUGAUAUUAUGAUUGUGAAUAAGCUGAAUCUUAGAUCUAAUUCAGGUUCGUAAUGCCAUCUAGAAUUUAAUUUAAAUGCUCUGUCUCAUAAUGGAGUUUAAUAAGGAUAAAAAAUAUAACCAUCAUAAUCAAAAGGAAUUUCUUUAUAGUUAAUUAAUUCUCAAUACCUUUUAGCUUUGACACCAUCUACAACAGGAAAUUUUGUAAAUUCUUCAUACUAUGUGAAAAUUAUUCCAAAUUUUGAAGGUAAAAUUUCAAAAAAUUAUAAGGUUGCACUUGUUGUAGUUCAAAACCUAUUGUAUUGGUGCCCAUAACUGUAUUGGCAGUCCUUCCUUAAGAUUAUGCAUAACCAAUUGUAUAGCCAGAAAAUUGGUAACCCUAAGCAUUUUAGCCUUUAAUUAUAAAAUCAAACAGCGUUGAUCCUUUCAACAACAAUAAUAAUAAUUUCAAAUAGAUGGCCAAUCCUAUGAAUAGCUGA